GACGCCGGGAAGAAGGGGGCGGGGCCACGCCAGCGUCCGCGCCAUCAGAGCCUGGCUAGCGGCGAGGUCCUUUCUCGGUGCAUGGUCUCGCCCGCGCCGCGGUCCCGCUUGGUGCCGGCCAUGGAGGGCGUGCGCUGGGCGUUUUCGUGCGGCACCUGGCUGCCGAGCCGCGCGGAGUGGCUGCUGGCCGUGCGGUCGAUCCAGCCCGAGGAGAAGGAGCGCAUCGGCCAGUUCGUCUUUGCCCGGGACGCUAAGGCGGCCAUGGCUGGUCGUCUGAUGAUAAGGAAAUUAGUUGCAGAGAAAUUGAAUAUUCCUUGGAAUAAUAUUCGUUUGCAAAGAACUGCAAAGGGAAAACCAGUUCUUGCAAAAGACUCCUUGAAUCCCUACCCCAACUUCAACUUUAAUGUCUCUCAUCAAGGGGACUAUGCAGUGCUCGCUGCUGAACCUGAGCUACAAGUUGGAAUCGAUGUAAUGAAGACCAGUUUUCCAGGUCGUGGUUCAAUUCCAGAAUUCUUUCAUAUUAUGAAAAGAAAGUUCACCAACAAAGAAUGGGAAACGAUCAGAAGCUUUAAGGAUGAAUGGACUCAACUUGACAUGUUUUACAGGAACUGGGCACUCAAAGAAAGCUUCAUAAAGGCCAUUGGUGUUGGACUAGGCUUUGAAUUGCAACGGCUUGAAUUCGAUAUUUCCCCAUUAAAUCUGGAUAUUGGCCAAGUUUAUAAGGAAACACGUUUGUUCCUGGAUGGGGAAGAAGAAAAAGAAUGGGCAUUUGAAGAAAGCAAAAUAGAUGAACACCAUUUUGUUGCCGUGGCUCUUAGGAAACCGGAUGGAUCCAGACAUCAGGAUGUUCCAUCUCAGGAUGAUUCUAAACCAACUCAGAGGCAGUUCACUAUUCUCACCUUUAAUGAUUUAAUAUCAUCUGCUGUUCCUAUGACCCCUGAAGAUCCUUCAUUUUGGGACUGUUUUUGCUUCACAGAAGAAAUUCCAAUACGAAAUGGUACAAAGUCAUGAUAGGAUUCCCUGAGUAACAAAGGAAAAUGAAAACUGUUUGUAAUCUUCUGUAUUCACUAAAAAAAAAUGCCUGAUAGUAUCAAAUUUUAUUUCAAAAACCAGUUUAAAAAAAAAAAAAAACAAGUUUUCCUAUUAGAAACAGCAGGCUGUCAGUUGAGGAUAGCUCACUAGAAUAUCUGUGUGCCCCCCCCAUCACACUGGGUUGAUGCAAGGAGUAGAAAAGGUAUCAGAAUCCUAAAGUGGUAAGUGCUCAUUGUAGAAAAUAGAAAAUGCAAAUAUGCGGAGGAACCAUUUAAACUCUUAAUCUUUCAGCCAUCAUGAAUCCGUAUUAGUACACUUUUUUUUUUAGUGGAAACAUAGUGUUGCGUUAUCUUUUUAUUGUCUUAAUUGCUCAUCUGGUUGUUGCCGUGCGUUUGUGGCAUAACCGACAGGCGCUAGAGGCUUCUGCCAUACAGUAAAUAACAGCCAGGAUGUUUUUGACCAGAGGUAACAAUGUCCGGCUGUAAUGAACCUCAGUAGCCUGGGGCAUUUCUCAUCUGACCUCACAUACAGGGCACAGGUGCCCUUCAGGACACUUGGUUUGCCUGAGCCUGUUUGCCGGGUUUGCCUUCAGCUUCUCUCCCUCAUUGUAAGAGCCGCUCUUGUAACUUUCAGCUUCACAUUCAUAGACUUGCAUCUGACCAGCAGUGAGGGCCGGGUCUCCUCUCACAUCUCAUUUCUGUCUGUGAAGAGGACUCCCCCAAGCCCCGCGUCUCCCCUCAGUUCCUGCUGACUCAGGUCCUGAGAAAGCUGUUCUCCAGCAGUAUCUGCCUCUGUGGGAAGUGGACUCUGGGUAAGGAGGAGACCGAGGCGCGGUAGGGGGUAUGGCCGGGGCGGGGGUUGGGGGGUGUCCAUCCCAUUGCCUGAGGCCUAAGUGGGGUGCGCCAUGGUGCACAGAUUCCUUGCCCCGGGUUGGGCGUUCUGAUUGCAGUUUUUACGAUGGGCAUUGGUGCAGUGGUUGUCCUUGCAACCGUGUUAUGAGGUGUACGUGCUUAUUUCUGUCCUUAAGAAAAAUUCUGCAAGUUGGUUCCCAAGGCUUGGGUGCUCUUAGAGCUUUGAUAAAUAAAGGCCCUGUGAUUUCCAUGUCCACAGUAUCAGGUGUGUGACCAGCCUUCACCCCCAGCUACGUUUUCCCUGCUCAGCUAUAGAUAGGAGCCCUUUUUUAAUUUAAUCUUUGCCAAUAUAAGUGGAAAAUGGUAUCUUAUUUUUUUGAUUUGUAUUUCUUUAAUCAUAAAUGAGAUUGAUACAUCAGUGUUGUUAUUGGCUGUUUUUAUUCCUUUUUUAUGAGCCAUCUGUUCAUUGUCUUUGCGUCUUUUAAAAUCUAGCAAAUAGAAUUUGUGGGAACAAUAUGUAAGAUGCCAAGACCGUCCUGUCGACGACAGACUCUUUUCUGGCUGUAGUGCAUGUCUUGGGGAGUGCAAGUCUUGUUACUGUUAAAUAUCAAUAAGUGAAAUGACAUCAUUGUUUGUUACUAAAAUUAAAAAUUGUGUGUAAAUUGUAUAAAAUUAGGUACUUUGCUCAGUAAAAAAAAGAAAAAAAAAAGGAAUGUUUUGUAAUUUUUUUAAAAUUUUAUUAAGCAUGCCCAAAUAUCCCAAGCUUAGUAAAUAAGUGUUUUUAAAAGACCACAUAGCCUCUGGAGUGGGAAACAGUGUUGUCCCUAGCAUGAAUGUAAUGGUGAAGUGAAAACCUGUCAUCUGUCUUGUCAUGACAAUAAAGCAGUUACCUUUCCUGAA